AUGGCCUUCCACAACACAGCCCUCUUCGUCAUCGACAUCCAGAAGGAACUCGCCUCUGAUCCCAAGACCGAGAUCCCUUACGCCUCGCGAAUCCGCGACGUCGGCCAGCAAAUUCUCUCCACCGUCCGGGGGCUCAACAGCCCUACGGAGAGGAAAACGCCCAUCUUGAUCGUCUUCGUGCAACACGAAGAGAAGCCCGAGGAAGGGACUCUCGUUCGUGGCAGUGAAGCAUGGAAACUGGUCUUUGAGCCUCGCGAGGGCGUCGCAGAGGAGAUAUUGGUGGCGAAGCACACAAGGGACACCCUUGAAUCUAACCCACACCUUGCGGAAGAACUGAAGGGGAAGGGAGUCGAGCACAUCGUGACCUUUGGCAUUCAGAGCGAAUGCUGCGUCAAGUCAACCUCAGAAGGAGCGCUGAAAGCCGGGUUCAAGGUCACGCUCCUGCAGGGAGCACACUCGACGUAUGAUGCCGGGUCAAAGACAGCUGCCGAGAUCGAAGGCGAGGUCGAGGAGGGUUUGCGAUCUAAUGGCGCGCAGCUUCUUGAUUGGAAGCAGUGUGCGGAGCUUUGGGAGGGCACACCUGCACAUGUCUGA